AUGGGAGUGCAGCCAGGGAUCGCGCCGCUCUAUCUCCGUCGGUCCGAGCCCCGUCAUCAAGCCAAGACUCUUCGUGGCCUCUCGAAGCGCUCUCGCUUCCGUCGGCACUCGCACCCGACGCCGAUUGAGCUGCCCGAAGACGUGCGCGUGCUCAAGCAAAAGAUCCUCGAGACGCACCCGAUCAAGCUCACGCGCUUCAGUCUCAGUCACAUGCGCCACAUGGCGAUCCCACCCGUGCAUAUUCCGGACACUUUGAACGACCGACGAGCUGUGCGUACAGUUGUGUCCGGCAAGAGCGUCCCACUCACCCGACACAUGUGGACCAAUUGCAAGCGGAAGACCAAGCACUUGGACAUGAUCGACGAGUGCGUCACGUACCGGUGA